UUGAAAUCGAACCAUUGACCCGAAUGGACACCCAUGAGUCAAAUCCACUUACCUAUCAAAACUCUAUUUACCAAAACAUCUUCACUUCUACUAUCACACUGAGAGAGUGAGAGCAACCCGGCGUUCCAAAACCCCCAAUCCUCCGGCCUCCAUUUCAUCCCCCCUCUCAAACAAUCCCCAAACUUCACCACAAAAAAAAUCUUAACACCCACUUCAACUCCACCCCCCUAAAAGAAGCGGGAACCUUGAAAACCUCCAUUAAAAACAAUGGGAGCAAGCAGUGAACCAUCAUCAAUGAACCCAGAACCCUUCUCCUCCGACGACCAACAAAAACAACGCUCCGAAAUCUACACUUACGAAGCACCAUGGCACAUCUACUCCAUGAAUUGGAGCGUUCGUCGCGACAAAAAAUACCGUCUCGCAAUCGCCUCCCUCCUCGAACACUCCCAAAACCGCGUCGAAAUCGUUCAACUCGACGAUUCCACCGGCGAAAUCAAAGCUGACCCUUCUCUCUCCUUUGACCACCCUUACCCACCCACCAAAGCAAUCUUCAUACCCGACAAAGAUUGCUCCAAACCCGAUUAUCUCGCUACUUCCUCCGAUUACCUUCGAAUCUGGCACAUCAAUUCAGAUUCCAACUCUGUUGAGCUCAAAUCUCUUCUUAAUGGGAAUAAAAAUUCCGAGUAUUGUGGUCCUUUAACCUCGUUUGAUUGGAAUGAGGCUGAACCGCGUCGUAUUGGGACUUCUUCGAUUGAUACGACGUGUACGAUUUGGGAUAUUGAGAGGGAAACUGUUGAUACUCAAUUGAUUGCGCAUGAUAAGGAGGUUUAUGAUAUUGCUUGGGGCGGUGCUGGGGUUUUUGCGUCGGUUUCGGCUGAUGGGUCUGUUAGGGUUUUUGAUUUGAGGGAUAAAGAACAUUCGACUAUCAUUUACGAAAGUUCUGAGCCUGAUACUCCUUUGGUUAGACUAGGGUGGAAUAAGCAAGACCCUAGAUAUAUGGCUACUAUUAUAAUGAAUAGUCCUAAGGUUGUUGUGUUGGAUAUUCGGUUUCCGACGCUUCCGGUGGUGGAGUUGCAGAGGCAUCAAGCUAGUGCUAAUGCUAUUGCUUGGGCACCUCAUAGUUCUUGUCAUAUUUGUACUGCUGGUGAUGAUAUGCAGGCUUUGAUUUGGGACUUGUCUUCAAUGGGGCAGCCUGUGGAAGGUGGGUUGGACCCCAUUUUGGCGUACACGGCUGGGGCCGAGAUUGAGCAGCUUCAGUGGUCGUCGUCUCAGCCUGAUUGGGUUGCCAUAGCUUUCUCUAAUAAGCUUCAGAUUCUCAGGGUUUGAUUGGUAGAGUAGAAAAUUGAUUGGAGAUAAGUAUAGCAUAUAAUUAAUUGUUUAUGGAAGGAAAAAUUGUUAUUUGGUUGUUGCUAUUGUGUUUCUGUUGUGUUUUGUGCUUAAUAAUGUUGGCAUAGUAAGGUAGUGUUUAGGUUUGGAUGAUUAGUGACUAUGUUAUGAUGUUAUGUUUAGCAUAGUUAGUGAGUCUUUGAUGAAUUGUGUUCUGUUUGUUUGACUGUAUUGGAAAAAUAAAAGUAAAAAAAUGUGGUGUGAUGUUGCAGAACGAAAUUAUAGACUAAAAUAGGACAUCGAUAUUGUUGCUGAUUAUGUUUGGGAUUAGUAUACAUGUGACAUAGAAAGAAUGGCUGUCCUAGAAAUGAGUUGAAUUUAAACACGUUGAGGUGUGUUGUAAUGUUGAAGUUGGACUGAUGCUGAAAUCUGAAAGCAGUUGCAAAUU